GAGAUCACCAUCAACUCCACUAUCGACCCUCGGUUCUCCAUCGAGGGAAAUGGAGACAGUGUUCUGAUCAUCAAUGUGUUUGCUCCGGAGCUGAACGGAUCUGUCGUGUACUGUCGUGACCAAGACCUGGGAGAUAUUGUUGCCUCGUUCGCCCUAAUGAGCACCCCCAUUGCAGUGGUGACCGAUCCACCACCUGGUCCU